AUGCUAUCCUCCAGUAAUAUGAUGCGAACUAGCAUUCUUCGGCCAGUUAGGCUGGUCACUCAAAACACAACACUUCUCGCACGCUCAACAACAGCAAUAAUCCAGACAAGUCGCCAAAACUUUUCAUCUACCAGAAGAACGCCUUGUACAAGCUGCGUAGCUUCUGGGUGUCAGCCAUGUGCUCGUCACGGCUCGAAAAGUCGUGGCAGUGCAAGUAGCAUCACCACAAGCUUCAACGCUAAAAACCUACGCAAAGGUGCAGCUUAUGCCACUACAGCAAGUCCGAUCCCUACUGAGCAGUGGGCACAGGUUUUAGAAAAGACUGGGGGAGCUGUUCAAUAUAAAAAGAUCCCAGUCCCUACACCAGGAUCAGAUGAGGUUUUGAUCAACAUCAAGUACAGCGGUGUUUGUCAUACAGAUCUUCACGCGGUCAACGGCGACUGGCCCCUUGCUGCCAAGAUCCCUCUAGUGGGGGGUCAUGAAGGUGCAGGCGUGGUAGUAGCACGAGGUGAGCUGGUCAAAGACGUCGAAAUAGGUGACCAUGUAGGUCUCAAGUGGCUUCAUGGCUCAUGCAUGAGUUGUGAGCAAUGUCGCCAGUCCAACGAAUCUCUCUGUUCCCACGCUUCACUAUCCGGCUACACAGUCGAUGGCUCAUUUCAGCAAUACGCCGUCGGCAAAGCAGCGCAUGUAGCGCGUAUUCCUAAGGACUGCGAUCUCGCUGGAGUAGCACCUAUCCUCUGCGCCGGACUAACCGUUUACAAAGCUCUCAAGUCCUCCAACGUUCGCCCUGGACAGAGCGUAGUCAUUGCUGGCGCAGGUGGUGGUCUUGGUGUUUUUGCAAUCCAGUACGCCAAGGCUAUGGGGCUGCGUGUGACAGCUCUGGAUGGUGGUGAAGAGAAGCGCAAGGUUUGCACUGAACUUGGUGCUGAUACUUUUGUUGACUUCAAAACUUCUGCGGACAUUGUAGGGGAGAUCAAAGGUGCCACUGGGGGUUUGGGACCGGACGCAGUUCUGCUUUUGGCAGCGAGUGAGAAGCCUUUCCAGCAGGCUAGCCAAUAUGUCAAGAGCAAAGGCACGAUCGUCUGUGUUGGAUUGCCAGCAAAUGCUUUCGUCAAGGCCCCUGUGUUUGACACAGUUGUUCGAGAAAUCAAUAUCAAGGGGAGUUACGUGGGAAACCGCCAAGAUACUGCCGAGGCCAUCGAGUUUUACAGACAGGGCCUAAUCAAGGCACCUUACAAAAUUGUCGGCCUAUCGGAGCUUCAGAAAGUUUACGACAUGAUGGUUGCGGGUAACAUUGCUGGUCGCUAUGUAGUAGAUACUAGUAGAUGA